UUACACUUGGCACAAUGCAGUCAGGCAAGUACCGUUCUCCUGGUAACUGCUGAACCCAGACACGUCCAUCAGAUUUCCAGACAGAGAAGCGUGAUUUGUCAUUCCAGAGAACAUGUCUCCACUGCUGUAGAGUUCAGUGGUGGCAUGCUUUACACCACUGCAUCUGACACUUUGCAUUGCACUUGCUAUAAUACCACUAACAGUUGACCAUGGAAUAUUUAGUAGCAAGGAAAUUUCUUGGAUGGGCUUAUUGCACAGGUGACAACCUAUCACAGAACCAUGCUUAAAUGCACUGAGCUCCUGAGAGUGACCCAUUCUUUCACAAAUGUUUGUAGAAGCAGUCUGCAUGCCUAG